AGACCAAACCGAACCAAAUCUCGCGACCUACUAACAUUUUGAAACCCGAAACGACAACCGUCCCCACCGGUCCUCGAUGGGCUCGAUGAAGGAAGUGAAGGCGGAGGACGGGGCGGCCGCCCCGCCCUCCAACGGCGUCGCUGCUGUCCCUACCGCUACCGGCGGGCCAGACAAUCCGACUAGAAGAGGGAGGUCGGGAUCGGCGGCAGUGCUGCCGCUGGAGGUCGGCACGAGGGUGAUGUGCCGGUGGCGGGAUCAGAAGCCCCACCCCGUCAAGGUCAUCGAGCGUCGGAAGACCUGCUCGGGCGGCCCCAACGACUACGAGUACUACGUUCACUACACCGAGUUCAAUAGGAGGCUUGAUGAGUGGGUUAAACUUGAGCAACUUGAUCUUGAUACAGUGGAGACUGAUGUUGAUGAGAAGGUGGAGGACAAGGUAACAAGCUUGAAAAUGACACGUCACCAGAAACGGAAGAUUGAUGAAACACAUGUUGAGCAUGGUCACGAGGAGCUUGAUGCUGCUAGUUUACGGGAACAUGAGGAGUUCACAAAAGUCAAAAACAUUGCAAAAAUAGAACUUGGCAGAUAUGAGAUUGAUACAUGGUACUUCUCUCCUUUUCCGCCAGAGUACAGUGACUCUCCAAAACUGUAUUUCUGUGAAUUUUGCCUCAAUUUCAUGAAGCGCAAAGAACAGCUUCAGAGGCAUAUGCGCAAAUGCGACCUUAAGCAUCCUCCAGGUGAUGAAAUCUAUAGAAGUGGCACCCUUUCUAUGUUUGAGGUCGAUGGCAAGAAGAACAAGGUUUAUGGGCAGAAUCUUUGCUAUUUGGCUAAAUUGUUUCUGGACCAUAAGACCCUCUAUUAUGAUGUUGAUUUGUUUCUGUUCUAUGUUCUUUGUGAAUGUGAUGAUCGAGGCUGCCACAUGGUUGGUUAUUUCUCAAAGGAAAAACAUUCAGAAGAAUCAUACAAUCUGGCAUGCAUUCUUACUCUUCCUCCUUACCAAAGGAAAGGAUAUGGGAAAUUUCUAAUUGCGUUCUCUUAUGAACUUUCAAAGAAGGAGGGUAAAGUUGGAACCCCAGAGCGACCACUCUCUGAUCUUGGACUGUUAAGCUACAGAGGAUAUUGGACUAGGGUUCUUCUGGACAUUUUGAAAAAGCACAAGGGCAACAUCUCCAUCAAGGAACUCAGUGACAUGACCGCGAUAAAACCUGAUGACAUCUUGAGCACCCUGCAGACUCUCGACUUGAUACAGUACAGGAAGGGACAGCACGUCAUAUGUGCGGACCCGAAGGUCCUGGAUCGUCACCUGAAGGCUGCUGGACGUGGAGGCCUGGAGGUUGAUGUUAGUAAACUGAUUUGGACUCCUUACAAAGAACAAGGUUAGUGAGAUCGUGUGUAGAUUCAGGACCUUCUGUUAAACUCGCCCAAAAGAUUCAGGACAUUCUUCUCCAAAGUGUCCUCUGUGUUCACAGUUUAUGUUCUCAACUUGCAAGUUGCCACCACCUUCUUGUAUGUUGCAUUUACUGCCUGAGCCCAAACUGUUGUGAAUGGCGCGCUGGAGACAAGUAGCGUGCCAUAUUUACGUUGGUCCUUUUUAGCUACAUGUUCCAAAGACAAUUUACACACAUGUAUUGCACAGGCGGUGUUUCUAGUGCUGUUUUUAGUCAGUAUAUCA